AUGUGGAGCAGAAUAUUGAGACCUAUUGUGGCUGAUAAGACGUGUUUUUGGUGGAGGAGUCUCUUCACGAUGCAACUAAAGAGCAGCGAGUUCAAAGUUUUGUUCACCGAUGGUCUGAAUGAACUGGCAGAUAUUUUUCAAAAGCACCAGUAUGAACUGAGAAUAGCUGGAGGUGCUGUACGUGACCUGUUGUCUGGAAAACGGCCUGAAGAUGUGGACUUCGCUACCACUGCAACGCCUGAAGAGAUGAAGCGUAUGUUCAAUGCCGCGGGGAUAAGAAUGAUAAACAACAAAGGAGAGAAGCAUGGGACGAUUACAGCAAGAAUUCACAAUGAGAAUUUUGAAGUGACUACGUUGCGGGUAGAUAUUCAGACAGAUGGUCGUCAUGCUGAAGUGGAGUUCACCACUGACUGGCAGAAAGAUGCUGAGAGAAGAGACCUUACAAUAAACUCCAUGUUUUUAGGUUUAGAUGGCACAUUAUAUGACUAUUUCAAAGGAUAUGAUGACCUCCAGAGCCGAACAGUCCGAUUUGUUGGCAGUGCAGAGCAAAGGAUCCAAGAGGACUACUUAAGAAUACUGCGUUAUUUCAGGUUCUAUGGAAAGGUGGCUCUGAAGCCUAAUGAGCAUGAGCCUGAAACCCUCGAGGCCAUUCGAGCCAACAGCAGUGGCCUUGCGGCCAUUUCAGGGGAGAGGAUUUGGGUGGAGCUGAAAAAGAUUGUGAUUUGCCAUCAUGCUGCUGAACUGCUGGAAAUGAUGUAUAGCCUGGGGCUGGCACAUUACAUUGGUUUACCUGCUGAUGGUAACAUUGAUGAGAUGAAGCGAGUGUGGCAGAAUGCCAAAGAUCAUUCUCCCAAGCCUAUGACCAUCCUAGCAGCCCUCUGUCGCUGCCAGCAGGAGGUUGAGAAGAUGGACAUACGACUGAAGGUGUCUCGGGAGGAGAGGACUCUGGCUCUGUUUCUGGUCAAAUACAGACAGGAUCUCAGCAAGAAUAAUGACGACAAAGAUGGUCUGAAAACAUUCACGGACUUCAUCAUCGAUAAUCGUGAACUGGAUACCCAGAGCAAAGUGUGCGAGCUGCUGAAGUAUCAAGGGGAGCACAAGCUGCUGUCUGAACUCAGCACAUGGACCAUCCCUCGCUUCCCCAUCAGUGGACAUGAUCUCAGGACAUUGGGCAUCGUCACAGGAAAGGAUUUAGGAACUACUUUACAGAAGCUUCGAGACAUCUGGAAGAAAAGUCAUUAUCGGAUGGGCAAAGAAGAACUUCUCAGUUAUGUGAAGCUCUAA